AUGGCGGACCUCAUUCGGCAUCACGACCGUCACGAUCCCAGCGUCGGCGAGAUUCCCGUUCCUCAUGGCCCUGCAACAGGCAAUGAACACGACCACUACCCGGCCGGCAACGCCACAAACCAGGAGCGCUCCAUCUUCGCGCAUUUGACCCAUCCGGAUGAUUGUUACACGCCCGACGGUGUCUACUGGGCCGACCUCCCGCUUGGGAAACGGAUCGCUUUCGUCAAUAAGGUUCAGAAUGAGGAGACCAAGCGGGAGCUGGCCGAGAUUGGCACCAUGCUCAAGGCCGAUCCCCUCAGCCCCGUGAGCUGGUACUUCCGCAACGCUGUUCUCCCCGGUGCCGGCCUCGGCCUCGAAGGUUACGUGCUCUUCAGCAUUGGCAACCUCGAGCCGCUCUUCCGCUCUACCUGGCCUACGUGCUGGGGGAAGAACCCCACCGAGUGCAGCUCCAAUUGGAUUGCGUCCGUCACUUAUCUCGAAGUUAUCGGCAUCAUGGUCGGCCAGAUGGCCGUCGGUGUCAUUGGAGACUGGAUUGGCCGCCGCUGGGGUCUCAUCCAGGACGCCGCCAUCAUGUUCGUGGGCUUGCUCAUGAUCACGGCGAGCUGGGGCUUGAACCUGAACGGUUGGGUCAUCUGCUACGCCUGGUCCUUGUUCUUUUACGGUUUUGGCGUCGGUGGUGAAUAUCCCAUCACCGCGACAUCUUCCAUGGAAAACGCCGUCUCGGCUGGCAAGCUUUCGACCCGCGACGAUCGCCUCCACCGUGGCCGCAAGGUCACCAUGGCUUUCCUGAUGCAAGGUUGGGGCCAGCUCAUCAACCAGGCCAUGCUGAUCAUCCUGCUCCUGAUCUUCCAUCACGGCGAUGGGAACCCGCCGUACGGCACCACGACUGUGCAGUGGAUAUGGCGAUUGUCGUUUGCCAUCCCUGCCGUGGGAACGCUGUGGCUCGUGUACUACCGCUCUUACAAGAUGCCCCAUGCCAGCCGUGAGCUCGCUGCCGCGAAGAAGAAGAGCAACGUCACGGGCUAUGAUGUGGACUCGCUGCGCCUGGCGUGCAACUUCUUUGGAGGACGCCUGCUCGCCACAGCCGGGACCUGGUUCUGCAACGACGUCUUCUUUUACGGCAACAAGCUCUUCCAGGCCCAGUUUAUCGCCGUCAUCAGCAACAACCCGCAUUCCGUCAUGACCGGCUGGAUUUGGAACCUGUACAACGUCAUCGUUUCGCUUGUCGGCUAUUACCUGGCCUCGAUCCUCAUUGAUAACAAAUUCUACGGCCGCAAAAUGAUGCAGCAGGUCGGCUUCCUGAUGUGUUUCAUCAUGUUCGUCAUCCCCGCCUUCAACUACGAAUACUACACCUCACCGGCCGGCAUCAAGGCAUUCCAGGCCAUGUACUUUUUGUCCAGCUUCUUCAACCAGUUUGGUCCCAACAGCGUCACCUUCCUCGUGGCUGGCGAGGUGUUCCCCACGCCCAUCCGCGCCUCGGCCCACGGCUUCAGUGCCUGCAUCGGCAAGGCUGGCGCUCUACUCGCCUCGGUGCUCUACAACUACAUCGACACCCAGACCAAGUUUUACGUUGUCCCCUGGUUCGGCCUUGCCGGCAUGCUUUUGACCUGGCUAUUCCUCCCGGAUACCACUGGCUUGGACCUCAAGGAGCAAGAGCGCCGCUGGGCUUAUAUCCGCACCGGCCGCGACGCCGACUACCACGGCAUCGCCAUUCACCCCAAGCACCUCUCGCUCUGGGAACGCAUGAAGGGUGUCGGCAAGAACUACAACCCCGAGCUUGACAUCAAGCAGAGAAUUGAGGACAUGCGAGAGGAGUGGGCUGGCAAGGAGCGUCUGCGUCGCGAAAGGGAAGCCGGUGGCGAGGCCGCCGGGCCCGAGGAGGCCGAUGACGAGGAGUGGACCGACCAGGUGAACGACUACUUCAAGAAGACGACCGACGAAAAGCUCGUAACUGGUGAUGCCAAGGAGAAAGGAAAGUCUCCCGUGAUCGAGUCGCGGCCGAGUGAGAAAUCCUCCUCGGCCGCGUCGGCGUCGAGUUGA